AGUUCCACCCCAGACCAUCCCUAUUAUUUCCUCCCAGCAUGGGAGAAACCUUCUCCAGGCAAAAUAAUUAAAAAUGGGAAAAACAUCAAAGGAUAAACGUGAUAUAUACUAUCGCCAGGCCAAGGAGGAGGGCUGGAGGGCCAGGAGUGCCUUCAAGUUGCUCCACGUGGACGAGGCCUACGGAAUUUUAAAUGGUGUCCAGCGGGCCGUGGAUCUGUGUGCUGCUCCUGGAAGCUGGUCCCAGGUGCUCUCCCGUAAGCUGUACGAUCCCUGUCAAACGGACGACGAAAAGGCCGCCGUGAAGAUCAUAGCCGUGGAUCUGCAGGCAAUGGCUCCCAUCCGAGGGAUAAUCCAGCUGCAGGGAGACAUCACCAAGCAGUCGACUGCCGAAGCCAUCAUCGGUCACUUUGGCGGUGAAGAGAAGGCUCAGCUGGUGGUCUGCGAUGGAGCGCCCGAUGUCACCGGUGUCCACGAAAUGGAUGAGUACAUGCAGCACCAAUUGCUGGUGGCUGCCCUCAGCAUUGCAACCUGUGUGCUGGAAACAGGAGGCACUUUUGUGGCCAAGAUCUUUAAGGGCAAUGCCACCUGGCUCCUGAGCUCCCAAAUGCAGAUAUUCUUCAAGAAGUUCGACAUCUACAAGCCGCCUAGUUCGCGUCCUUCAAGCAUCGAAGCGUUUGUGGUGUGCUCAGAUUUUUGCCUGCCUGCCGGCUACAUUCCGCAAGUUAUCAACCCGGCGAGAGAUGAUAUCCGCAUGCUCGCACAGAAAACAGGUUCUGAUGUUAACCGUCGGCUAGUUCCUUUCAUUGCUUGCGGGGACUUGAACGGGCUGAGUGAUGCGGAUGAGAGUAAAUCCGCCAUUAUAGAGGCACAGAAAUCGAAUGUGGAAUACGUGUACGAUGCUGUCAUGAGCGAUGCAUCUUAUCCCCUGGAAUUCAAAGAAAUAUUAAAGGAAGUAUAUGAUGAACAAUUACAAAUCAGCUAAAUGUCACAGAAAUAAAACUUAAGGAUGCUAA